AUGAAACUUGCCAAAAAACUCAUUUACUCUUCACUUUUCUUAGGUUUAAUUCUAUUACUUUAGAACUUCGAAGCAUCUGAAUCCACUUUGGAUGUCAAAACAUAAAAAGAGGAGGCUUGUACAGAAGAUCUUGUAGUAACUUAAUCAGAAAGGGAUAGUGCAUAAUAAAUACUCGAUAAUCUCUACGAUACAAAUAUCAGAAGUGAUGUUACAAAGGCUGUUAAUGAGCAAAAUGCAGACAUCAACUUGGUCAUGAAUCUGUUAAGAUAUAUAAUCCCAUGGGCGAUAUUUUUGAUCAUAUCUAUAUUUGGUUGGAUUUUCUAUUGUUGCUAUUGUUGUUGUGAUAAAAAAUGUCCACCAUCGAAAUGUUGCAAGAGAGACUAUGAACAUGACAAACUAUCCAAAAUGGAACUCUAUGUUCCAGUUGGUUUUGCUCUAAUCUUGAAUUUAUUGUUGUUCGCAGCAUCAAUAGCAGGAUUAUCCUAUUCUGGUGACGUAGAAAAAGGUAUGAAGUCUGCUCGUUGUUCCUUGAUAUCAUUGUUUUAUGAUAUUGUAUAUGGAAAUUCAGAAGGAGCCUUUCCCGGUUUAUCUGGUCUUGCAGAUAGUAUCGAUUCUAUAAAUACUGAGAUAUCGGACUUUUAAAAAUAACUAAAAACUACAUUUUCUGGUAAGACAUCGAAAACAAUCAAUCAAAAAAAGACUGAUGUGAUCACAGCCAAUAAUAACAUGAAAAGAGGAGCAACCAAUGCAGCAUUGCCAGUUUUAGAUGGUGGAGCUGAGAGUUACUUGUCUUCACAAAACUUUUUUGACUAUAUUUUGAUGGCUUCAUCAGAUUCAUAAGCCUCUACCUAUACUUCAAAUUACAAUAGUUUGGCGUCAACAUACAAAGACUAUUUAAAAUGUACUCCUUAACCAGAUGCUUUGUCUUCAUAUUAUGAUGGAAUGAUUGAAACAUCAGUGCAAUUGGAAGAUUAUGCUAGUGAUAUCUCAGGAGAUUCCUUUGAUACUAGUACUUUAGAAAGUGGAAGUAGUACAAUUGACGGAUUUAUAAACGAUAUUAAUGAUGCCAGCACAACUCUUUAUGACAAUACUAAAGUCUUAGAAAAUGCUGGAACCUAUGCAUCCUUGGCUCUUAAUGUAUUAUUUGGUGUAGGAUUGGGUCUAAGCAUAGUAUCAAUUUGCUCUAUCAUUUUGAUUGUUUUAUUGAAGAUCUAUAAAGUAAGAGGAUUACUUCACUUUACUUGGUGCAUUUAUGUCAUUUUGAUGAUCUUAUGCUUCUUGAUAGCUCUCCUAUUACAUCCAUCUUCUGUGAUAUUUGCUGAAGUCUGCUAUUAUCUUGACUCAUUUGUCAAUGACUAUGAAUUUUAUUAACAGACCGAUUUCAUCGAUGCAGGAGAAACUAAGGAGAUUAUAUCUUCCUGUUUCUUCCCUGAUUCAGCCAAAUCUCUAUUCGAAGUCAUGGACUUAUCCUCAGCUACUGAUCCUUUGGUUAAUUUUAAAGAAUAAAUCUCUGAUUUCCAGACUUAAUACUCUUCAUUUGACGACUAGAAGAAGGACUUUAAUGACAAAUUGAAUAACAAUCUGUUAGCAGUUCAAAAUUGUAAGGAUGGCACAGUCUUUGAUGCAAAACCAGCAGACUAUGUCCCAUUAAAGGCAGCUUUUGAUAAAUUCAACAAUUUCAAAUCAAACUCAGGUUGUGUUGAAUUGGCAGUUUCCAAAUGUGCAGAUGGAUUAUUACCAAUGAGAUCUGCUUCAGACACUGGAUCAACAUUUAACCAGAAAUGCUGGCAUCCUUCGUAUUUAGCAUCAUCCACACCUUCUUGUGCUGAUUAGAGUGGUUUGGCUGAAACUGCUGUUUUGAAGACACAAUACAAUAAAUAAACUUCAAUGUGGUCAAAUUCUGUCACUAAAGAAUAGAAUGUCUUAACUUUAAAUGCUGAUGUCUCUAAGACAUUUGAAGAUUAUAUGGGUAAAAUUAACACUUUUAUUGCUGAUGCCGAUACUAUUAUGUAACACUUAGAUGAAUUGUUAAAUGGAGUUGAUUGUUCAUUUUUGAAGUAAUCAUUCAAUAAUGUGUUAGAUGGUCUAUGUGUUGUGUUCAUUCCAGGAAUAUCCAGAACAACUAUUUUAAUAAUCAUUAUCGGUGUUUCCAUGUUUUUCGGAUCAUUGGCAAAUUGCUGUGUUGGAUUGAGAGCCUAUAGAAUUUAGAAUUAUGGUUUCAAAGAUGGAGAUCAACCAAACUCUAAGAUUGCACCAAAAGAUCCAGAAACCCAAGGAAUGACGGUCUAGUGAUAAAUAUUGAUAAUGUAUAAAAAUAACAUCAAAAUUUUAGAAUUAUUUUA